AACAAAAGUAUUAAAGUAGUUUUGUAAAAUUUUGGAAAUUUCAAUCAUACUAAAUUAACGGGAUGUGAAUUAACAUAAAUACCAUGGCUAAUCUGAAAUCUGGCAGCCAAAAUACCCGGAAAAAAGUGCAGGUGUCUAUGGUAAUAUGUGAGGCAGAGGAGAAACGGCACCGUUCCGGUGUGAACGCUUUACAGUUGGAUCCGGCAUUGGACCGUCUGUAUUCCGCAGGACGAGACUCCAUAAUCCGUGUGUACGAACAUGAGCGCUAUUUCCAUGGCAUGGAACAUCACACUGAUUGGGUUAACGAUAUUGUACUGUGUUGUGGUGGAAGGCACUUAAUUUCCGCGAGUUCUGACACAACUGUUAAAGUAUGGAAUGCCCAUAAAGGAUUUUGUAUGUCCACUUUGAGGACGCACAAAGAUUAUGUGAAGGCAUUGGCUUAUGCAAAGGACAGAGAACAAGUUGCCUCAGCAGGCUUGGACAAGUCAAUUUAUUUGUGGGAUAUUAACACCUUGACUGCUUUAACUGCUAGCAACAACACAGUGACAACAUCCAGUUUAAUGGGGAGCAAGGAAUCUAUUUACAGUCUUGCGAUGAAUCCACCUGGUAGCAUAAUCGUUAGCGGUUCGACUGAAAAGGCUUUAAGACUGUGGGAUCCGAGAAAUUGUGCCAAAUUGUUUAAAUUGAAGGGACACGCAGACAAUGUAAAAGCUCUCGUCGUUUCUCGGGACGGAACUCAUUGCAUAUCGGGCAGUAGUGACGGUUCAAUUAAAGUUUGGAAUCUUGGACUUCAACGUUGUAUACAAACUAUAAGAGUUCAUUCGGAUUCUGUUUGGGCUCUGCUUGCGAACGAGAAUUUUACACACGUAAUUUCAGGAGGCAGGGAUAAGAAAGUGAUAAUGACUGACUUGAAAAAUCUUCCCAACCAUGUAGUGGUUUGUGUUGAAGAAGCCCCGAUAUUAAAGAUGUGCUUUACCGCCGAUCAGCAAGCCGUUUGGGUUUCGACGGAGAAUUCCUCCAUUCGGUGUUGGAAACUACCAACAGACAAACACUUUAAAGAGGAAGCAAAAAUGCCCCAGACUCCAAUGUCAGUGAUUGCUGGGGGUGCAGCGAUUAGGCAGGCUGUGGUUCUUAAUGAUAAACGACACAUUUUAACCAAGGACGCAAACGAAAACGUUGCUGUUUAUGAUGUUUUAAGAGCAAGAAAAGUAGAAGAUUUGGGAAAGGUAAAUUUUCAAGACGAAGUGAGGAACCGACACAAAGUGGUGUACGUGCCAAACUGGUUCAAUGUCGACUUGAAAACGGGCAUGUUGACUGUGCAUUUGGGUCAGGAUGAGGUGGAUUGCUUCUCGGCGUGGGUCUCGGCAAGGGACGCCGGAAUUAGGGACGCCCCCGAACCUGAGCAGAAGGUGAACUAUGGGAAACUGCUGCUGCAGGCGCUGUUCGAACAUUGGCGAGGGGUCGAGAGCAACCCUGAGAACCGUGUGUACUUCAGCGUGCCCAAACAUAUACCCCUUAUACUAAGUGAAGUGGGCGGUAGAACAUUGUACAGAGUUUUGGUGGGUGAUACAAGCGGUGAUACGGAGAACGCGUUGUUAAAUGAGACGGUGCCCAAUUGGGUGAUUUCCAACAUUGAGGAGAACUGCAUGAAUAAGUUUAUAAAAGUGCAAUUUUAUCUGCAGCCCCAUUCUAGCGUUCCAUCGCAUCUGCUCAAACAAGACCGAAUGAAAAAGCCCGAUCGUUUGGUAGCUAAUGACUUUAUCCAAUGUAAGAAAGUAGCAGAACAUGUGAUGGAAAAAUUGUUAGGUGAUGGAAGUGCAAGUACUCCUGGUGGCGGCGAUGCGGACAGCAGCCCUACUAAUAAUGGCUAUAAUGUGGACCAAAUCGAGUUGACUUGCAAUGAUCAGGUUUUGGACCCUUCAAUGGAUUUGAGAACAGUGAAACAUUUCAUCUGGAAACUAACUUCAGAUUUGACUUUGUAUUACAAAAUUAUUAAUACAAAGUGAAAGAUAUGUUUUUGUUGAAUCUUCUCAUUGUUUUCAUAAAUGAUAUUGUACAAUCUCCUUUUAUUAGUUUUAUAUUCUCAUUAGGGAAUAUUUUAUGAUUUAUUCCAUGACUUAAUAUUUUCUUUAAGUGAUUAGCCACAUUUUAGUUUAUUCUAAGUCAUGUAAAAUUUGGAAUAUUCAAUUUUAUUGUAAAGUAGGAAAUCAUUCCAUAUAAACAUUUAAUUAUAAAUGAUCAUAAAUAUACAAAAGUUGUAUAAUCAA